GGUAUUUAUUAACACGUGUUGCAGGUAAGCGUUUUUGUUUUCAAAGGAUGACUUCCACCGAAGAUAAACGGAUUGCGCCAGGAGAAAGAACCCGAAAUUACAUUUACAACAUUAUAGAAUCUGAUGAGCCAUGGAAGGGCAGAAUGCUGUUCACAGGUCCCGAUGGGAACUGUGACCAUCGCGUGACUGUGGAACCAGACCAUAGACACAUCGGGAUCGGGACAAUGUCUGUGGAGGGAACAAGUGAGGCGGAUUAUCUGUGGCGACCCGCCUCUUCAACACCCUUUCCCCGACCCCGAACCGCAAACGUCGGAGAGAUUGGCUGGGAGGUGCCGAGGAGGACCGACUGGUCCAUGCCUCUCACUGGACGACAAGUGAUUUUGGGAGACUUCCGACAAGAAUGUGAAAACAGACAUUCGCAUCUCUAUCAAAAUCCUUGGUACCCUGGUCCUGGCGAGGAAAUUAUUCCUGGAACCGAUGCUUCCAUGGUUAUGAACGUUUACCGCCCACACACUGCUCCUGCGCAUGCUCAAUCAGGUCUGGAUGAUCAAGAAUCUACUUCUACAGAUACAGCCCAGAACUAUGCCUAUUAAGAUCCGCCCGCUUGUUUUUCCCGGGCUGUGCAAUACAGAGCUCACACACCGUUGCAGUAUUAGAAGGCAGAUAGUUUUGCCUAUUUUGCACUAUUUAAAUUAUUUUUGUUAUUUUGUAUUUUGCUUAAUGUUUUAUUCUCAUGAAAUAUUGCUAGCUAUUGCUUUUA